AUGCAUUUCCUCGACCUGCUCGGGUUCUUUUCCGCCAAUAUCGUGCCAGCAGCUGCACUCAGUGGAGUUAGUCUUUUAAAUGUGCUACUCCCUCGGUCGCCACACCGGCGGUGGUCAUGCCAAUGUGACGCGCUGCGUAACGUCUGGUUCUUUCCUAAAACCCAUCUGACAUUGCCGUCUUCGCCCAUGGCCUACCCAUACCCUCACGACAGCUGCAAUCCCUUGCUAGAACCCCAUUCUCCCUGCACUCUUGACUAUCAUGCCGUCUUUUCGAUCAACGCCACGGGCCUGUCCGACAUCCAAGCCCGUAUUCGCUUCCCUCGUAAGCAUAACUUCCGCUUGGCCAUUCGCAACACAGGCCACGACUACCUCGGAAAGUCUCCCGGAGCUCACUCGCUUUUCCUGUGGACCAAGCACCUGAAGUCUUUCUCCUUUCUUGAGAAAUACAAAGGCCUGAAGUAUAUAGGGCCUGCAAUCAAGAUGGGUGCUGGCAUGGGAGGAAUUGAGGCCUACUGGUUCGCCAAUUUCUCAUGGCCUCUUGGUAGUGGGAGGCAAUUGCCCGACCUUAGGUUACCGCUUACCCUCGGCGGCGGCCAUGGCCCGUUUUCGUUGAAGUAUGGUUUAGCUGCUGAGCAGUCGUUGUACCUAUCUAUGACUGUCAAAGCCGUCCCCGAUAACCACUUCUCGACGGCGUACAUCACUGCCCCAGACAACGGGACUAACACGAAGUCUAUAUAUUUUGCACUCAUGAAAUUUCUUGGAGCACUACCGGGCAUUGUGAUCGCUGUCGUUUCGGCUAUGUGGGUAGCAGCUCCGUUCGGCUCCAUGCUCAUGCCAGCCUUCGGGCCUGGACUGCGACAAGACGAUAUCGACAAGCUACUCCGCUGCACACUGGAAAGGAUGGAUAAUCUUGGGCUCGAAGACCAGUACCCCUACUCGGAGUUUCCCACCUUCCUAUCUGCCGAUAAUUCGUUAACGUCGAGCUGGAACGUCUCAGACUACAACAUCGGUGGCCGCUUGACUGAUAACCUCGACGGUCUGAACUCGGUCUCAUUGGUUUCUGACGUUGCCGUCAACCCAUAUUUCCGCGAGACCCUUUUUAGCGCUGUUGUUGGCACCCCGAUCGACUACAACGGCCUGGCGAGCAACCAGGCGGCCCAGGACAAACUAACAAAUGAUCUCCUUCCGCUACUUGCAAAGUUGACCCCGAAAGGCGCCGCAUACUUGAAUGAAGCAGACUUUCAGCAACCUGACUUCAAGUGGGCCUUUUACGGUGAUCACUACGAAAAGCUUUUCGUUAUCAAGCAGAAAUAUGACUCCCAUGACAUCCCCUAUACCAAGACUGCCGUUGGUGGUGAUAGGCGGAUGUAG